AAAAAAAGGAAUCGUCCCCAAGCUCCCGUUUCCGGUUCCGGGUCAUCAGUAUCCUUCACAAACACGGCAAAAUGUUAACCCGGCUUGCACGAUUCGGCCUCAUUUUGCCCCGCUUACGUUUGAAUGUACCGGUUCGGUGCGUGUCACAAUCGAAGCCAAACGGUGCGGUUGGUUCGAGUGCCGUGACGGAGCUGCAGCAGGCGGCUCCGAGCGACAGCCAUGGUGAGGUCAGCCAGUAUGUCAAGAAUCCAGAUUACCAUGGCUUCUCCAAUGACCCUGCGGUUGAUGUAUGGAACAUGCGAUUGGCCUUCUUCUUUGGCAUCUCAGUGUGUAUUGUCCUUGGAGGAACGUUCAUUCACUACUUACCAGACCACGGUAUGCGCCAAUGGGCCAGAAGGGAGGCUGAACGUGUCAUCCUGCAGAAAGAGAAGGCGGGUCUACCACUGAUAGAUGAAAACUACUAUGACACCAACAAAAUCGUUCUGCCCAGCGCUGCAGAAGAGUAGUGUCAACAACUAUCCACUUAAUGUAUUUCACUAGUGUUGUAUGUCAUAGUAGAAUAAAGGAGCUCUUGAAUUCUUUAA